GAGGCGAUGGCAGCAUCGUGUUGAGAGUGACCGGCGACCCGUCGAGGGUGGGCAAUGAUGAAUUUCUCACCCGAGGUUGAGGCUGCCUCUUUGGAGGCUGCCGCAGCCAUGCAAGCCCUGAUGUCGCCAACACUGCCACCUGCCGAGAGACAGCGGAUCUACGAGUUAUGCGAGCGCCUAAAGGAGUCGCCAUUGGCGCUACAGUGCGGCGUGUAUCUGUCCGCCUCGGAGAGACCCGAUCUUGUGCGGUAUAUGGGGCUGCAGCUCCUGGAAACCACUAUAACUUUCCACUGGAAUGAACUUCCUGUUCAGGACAAAGUAUUUCUCAAGGACUACUGCCUGCAGCUGAUGACGUCUGUGACGGCCGCGGCGCCGGCCCACAUGCGCGACGCCCUCUGCCGGCCGCUGGUGGAGAUGGUGAAGCGCGAGUGGCCGCAGCAGUACGCCGAGUUUGUGCCGGACAUGAGCCGGCUGGCGGCGCGCGGCCCGCUUCACACCGAGCUCGUGCUGCGCGUCUUCCUGCGCCUGGCCGAGGACGUGGCCACGUUCCAGACGCUGGAGGCGCCGACGCGGCGGCGCGACAUCUACCGCGGCCUGGUGGCCAGCAUGGACGCCGUGUUCGGCCUGCUGACGGGCACGCUGACCUCGUGCGCGGCCGCACCCGACGGCGGGGACGAGGCGCUGGCCCAGGUCUGCCUCGCCACGCUCGCCUGCUACCUGGAGUGGGCGGCCGUGCAGCACGUGAUGGGUGACGCGCUGCUGCUGCUGCUGCUGCCGCUGCUGCGCCGGCCCCGCCUGCAGCAGACGGCUGCCGAGUGCCUGACUGUGCUGUUCAGCCGGCACGGUCGGGCCGAGGACCGCGAGCCGCUGCUGGUUGUGUUCCGGCCCAGCGUGGUGGCGCUGCUGGACGAGCAGGUGGCCUGGUGCUGCGACCAGCCGCCGUCUGACGCCCUGCUGGCCACGCUGCGCCUGCUGGCCCAGGCGCUGGCGGGCGCCGUGUCGCAGCUGACCUACUGCUGGGGUCGGCCUGAGCUGACGGCCGGCGAGCCGCGGCGCACCGCCGACCCGGAGGUGCUGUCGCUGCUCGUCUCGCUGCUCUCGACGCUGUCCGCGCUGCUGGCCGAGCCGGGUCGUCUGGGUGCGCAGGAAGGCGUCACGCUGGCCGAGCUGCUGUCGGCGUCAUCCGAGCGGACGGCGGACGCCAGCGACGGACGCCGGCCGCCGCUUGAGCGCAUGCAGGGCUUCAUCAGCCACCUGUACGAGAUGGCACACACGCUGCUGGUGAACGCGUGCACGGCGCUCGGCCACCAGUUGUUCACGUUGCCACGGCUCGGCGACUUUAUCACGGGCAGCGUGCUGCACAACCUCGAACACCUCUCCGACCAUCGGAUGCGCGUGCAGCUGCGCGGCCUCUGGCGGGCCCUGAUCGGCCGGUGUCCGGCGGAGCUGCACGGCCCGCUGCUGCACCCGCUGCUGGCCUCGCUGAUGACCCACCUGGCAGAGCGGCUGGACGUGCGCUGGACACAGCUGCAGCGGCUCGAGCUUGACGCGCAGACGGAGAGUGAGCGGGACGACGACGAAGACACAGAGGCGGUGGUGGCUGAGCAGCUGCUGCGCCAGCUGACUCGGGAGACGGCGCAGCUGGCUGCCGUCCUGCUGACCUCGGCCGCCGGCGUCGCGUCGGCCGUCGAAGACGACGCCAUGGAGGAGGGCGUGCUGCCGGCGGUGCAGCAGCCAACCAAGACGGCUGUGACGGCGCAGGGUCUGGCGGCACUGCGCAACCCCAGUCUGGCCCGGCCGCUGCUCACCAUCGUCUUCAGGGCGAUCGGCUGGGGCGACUCGGUGGCCGCGCUGAAGGCCACGGAGCUGUCGCCGCUGGUGGUGCGCGCUCUGGUGGAGGCCCAGCUGGUGGACGAUGGCGCCGCCAGCCAGCUGCUGUACUGGCUGCUGCACGGUCUGGAGGUACAGGGACACCACCAGGCCAACCUCACCAGCCUGGUGUCGGCCAUCACGGCCGCCUACGUGUGCUUGCGGCCGGGCCACGCCUCCGCCGUGGACCAGGUGAUUAGCCAAAUACCAGAGGUGAACGCCGAAAUGGUUGAAAAGCUACAAGAGAAGGUUUUCAACAUCCCGAAGAUCUCAAAAAGUGAUAAACUCAAGAAAGAAGAGAUCAGGAGGCUAAUCAAGCCGCUGGUCAGUCGCAGCAUGAGCCAGCUGUUCCAGAAGAAGGCCUCGAUCCGUGACCUGGUGCCGAUGGGUCGAGAGACGCGGCCACCACGGCUGCCCCAGCCCGACGUCGUAUCGCUGGCCGACUUGUUCGGCGACACGUGAGCCACCGGCCCGUGCCUGGCGCGCGGCACCAGUCGCGUCGGCCCGGCACCGAGGCGACGCCUGAUGGCGGCGCGGCCAGGUCGUCCCGCUGAUGCGGCUCCAGCGGCGGCUCCCGGCAGACGCAGCGGAAGCAGGGGCGAAAUCCGCAGAGUCGUUGCCCUCGUGCGGUCCGACCUCAGGGCGUAGAGGGCGCCAGGCUGCGAGACGUCACGCGCUGCCCCACCCACCGAGCCCUGAGCCGCGUGCCGAUGUUCUGGGAGGCGCAGCUGGGCGGCUGCCGGCCCGCUCCGGCGGGCCCUGUCGCGCGCUGCCCCACCCGCU